AGCCGCCCAGCCCCGAGUGCCUCCCGCGGCUCUCGCCUCCUCCGGCCGGAGCUCGAAGCGCCUCUCCUGAAUGGCCGCCAGCGCCGCGCUGCCUCCGACCUGGCCCCCGGACACCCGCGCGCCCUGAGCGCCUCCUCGGCCGCUUCUCGCCGGCCUCGCUCCACUCCCGGUCUCGGACGCGCUCCUGAGGCGGCGGCGGCACCCCGGGCCGGGCCCCAGCGGCCAGCGACAGCGGCGGCGGCGGCAGUGGCGGCGACGGAGGCGGCCGCAGCCCCGGCAGCGCCGUGCGGGCUUGCUGUCUGCCCGGCUAGCCGACGGACCGUGCCGGGCGGGCCGGGGAGAGUGCCCUGCCGGCCCCCUCCUGGAUGCCUCUCCCCGCCGCCUGCUUCUCCCUGCAGGCUUCGCAACUUGAGCAGGGACGCCGUGCCGGGGAGGGCGGGCUGAGCACCGGCCCGGGGGGGAUCGGAGGCCAGGGGGGGUCUAGGCAGCCCUCGAGGGUCCCGCUGCCCCCCGAGUAGGAAAGGGAACCCGAGAGGAGGAGGAAGGAGGGCAGGCGGGGGGCAGGGCAGGCGAAGGAAGCCGCCAGCCCUCGGCGAGCAGAGCAGAGCAGAGCGGCGGCGGCAGCCAGCGGAGAGGCGGGAGGAGCCCGAUCCGUCUCUGCGCCCCCCAAGCCAGGCAGCCGCCCUUCUCCCCCACCCGCCCCCCGCCCCCACCCCACUCCCCUCCUCUCCUCUCCCGGCCUCUUCCCCGGCAACCCCCCCCCCUUUUCCUCCGUGGGCCCGAGAUAUGGCAAUGGUAGUUAGCAGCUGGCGAGAUGCGCAAGAGGACGUGGCCGGGGGCGGCCCCGCCGGAGCAGCUCAGCCGGGCCGGGAUCCGCAGCAAGGGGCCUCGGCGGCCCCCCACACGCCGCAGACGCCGAGCCAGCCGGGCGCCCCGUCCACGCCGGGCGACAAGGGUCAGCAGCAGCAGGGCAGCGGGCAGAGCGGGCAGCAGCAGCAGCACAUCGAGUGCGUGGUGUGCGGCGACAAGUCCAGCGGGAAGCACUACGGGCAGUUCACCUGCGAGGGCUGCAAAAGUUUCUUCAAGCGGAGCGUCCGCAGGAACUUAACAUACACUUGUCGGGCCAACCGGAACUGUCCCAUCGACCAGCACCACCGCAACCAGUGCCAGUACUGUCGCCUCAAGAAGUGCCUCAAAGUGGGCAUGAGGCGGGAAGCGGUUCAGCGAGGAAGGAUGCCUCCGAGCCAGCCGAACCCGGGCCAGUACGCGCUGACCAAUGGCGACCCGCUGAACGGCCACUGCUACCUGUCGGGCUACAUCUCGCUGCUGCUGCGGGCCGAGCCCUACCCGACGUCGCGCUACGGCAGCCAGUGCAUGCAGCCCAACAACAUUAUGGGCAUCGAGAACAUCUGCGAGCUGGCAGCUCGGUUGCUCUUCAGCGCCGUCGAGUGGGCCCGCAACAUCCCCUUCUUCCCGGACCUGCAGAUCACCGACCAGGUGGCCCUGCUGCGCCUCACCUGGAGCGAGCUCUUCGUCCUCAACGCAGCCCAGUGUUCCAUGCCCCUGCACGUGGCCCCGCUCCUGGCCGCCGCCGGCCUCCACGCCUCGCCCAUGUCCGCCGACCGCGUGGUGGCUUUCAUGGACCACAUCCGCAUCUUCCAGGAGCAAGUGGAGAAGCUCAAGGCCCUGCACGUCGAUUCCGCCGAGUACAGCUGCCUCAAAGCCAUCGUCCUCUUCACCUCAGAUGCCUGCGGCCUGUCUGACGCGGCGCAUAUCGAGAGUCUGCAGGAGAAGUCGCAGUGCGCCCUGGAAGAGUACGUGCGGAGCCAAUACCCCAACCAGCCCAGCCGCUUCGGCAAGCUGCUGCUCCGGCUGCCCUCGCUGCGCACCGUCUCGUCGUCCGUCAUCGAGCAGCUCUUCUUCGUCCGCUUGGUAGGUAAAACCCCCAUCGAGACGCUCAUCCGAGACAUGCUGCUGUCCGGCAGCAGCUUCAACUGGCCUUACAUGUCCAUCCAGUGUUCCUAGAGCUGCUGGCGGCCUCCCCCCCUCGAGAGACCCAGAAGAAGGCCCUUGCCCAGGGGCCCGCCACCGGCUAGGGGGUGCGCCCGGCCGGGUGUGGGGGGUCCCGAGGCCGACACUGACGGUCCGAGAGCUCGGGCACUGGGAGCGAGGCGCGCUUAGCAGCACGGCCAGGCCGCUGGCGGAAAGAGAGAGGAAAAGGUCUGAAAGGACGCGGCGUGUUUGUGGAACAAACAACACACAGAUGGGAGAGUUUGAAACAGAAAAGGACUGGAGGGAUUUUAAUAUAAACCCGAAAGGAAACUAGAACGGAUCUUCCUGGAUUUAUGAUGGACUGAGAUGGAUUUCCUCUGUACAGCAAACAAACAAACAAACAAACAAACACAAACACACAGUUUAAAAAAACCGAAGCAAAAGCAAAAACGGAAGGCGAAUUGACUGGUGUAGAAAAAGGAAGGGGAGGCCCGCAGGCAAACGCUUAUCACGAACAUUGUUCUUGAUUUUGUAAGAUAUUAGUCUUUAUUUUCACUUUUUUUUGUAAAAUUUAAAACAUCGUAUGCGCAUAAAGGAAAAAAAACACAAGAAACAAACAAGAAUUAGAAGGGGUGGGAAAUAACCUUUUCCAAAUAAUUAUUAAAAAAAAACAAGGAA